AUGCGCUUUUUUACCACUCUCAUCGCGACCUCUGUCGUUAUGACAGGAGUUCUUGCGAUUCCCUCCCCAAAUACCGAUGAUGCACCAGUGUCUAUUGAUUCCUCCCAUUUGAUCCCGCAGAACUUCACAGCUUCUGACGGUAAUACCUAUGAGAUUUGGGUUGAUGCUGGAUUCCUCGAUGGCGAAGACGAAGACGAAGACGAUGAUGAAACUGAUCUCGAGAAGCGCCAAACUAAGCCUGAAAAUAUCGGUCGUUACGCCCCCAAGUGGAAGAAGAGGUCCACCAAUCAGGACAAGUGUCGUCACAGCUCUUUCGUCGGUGACACUGGCCCUCAUGCACCUACAACCGGUCGAUGCAUGGCUAUCCAAGAAUGGGCACGAACCAACAAAGGCUACUGGGCCAUUGGCUGGAAGUCUAUCACACCGGGCAAAUACCGCGCCCUCCUCAGCAGUCGGAAAUCUGGCACGACGCAAUGCCUCUUUGGCGUAUACCACAACGCUUGGCAGGUGCGAAUUGGCAAUUCAGACAUCUACGACCUAAUCAGAGAUUCCUUGGCGAAGUACAAACGCUCAUACAAUGGUGUCUGGAGAGUCCGAUCGUGGGGCAGCGCUGAUUGCGAUGGAGAUUUGGUUCAGAAUGGCUCGGCAGAGUUGAAAUGGUGGAUGACAGAGAAAUUUUAA